GUAUUGAUAUUUGAAUGUGCUUCGUGACAGGAGUUAGCUUUCUGUAGGAAAACUUUAUUUUCCAGCGCUUGUUGUGAAGACGACGAUUAAUCUUUACUAACAAAUGGCAGGAAGUAACGUUACUAUGUUUUCACUGCACACCAGGAAACCGAUGAAUCCGAGGUUUGGAGAGGUAUCAUUAGACAUUUUAACCGAUAUUCUGUCUAACCUCAACUACAGAAACAAAUCCAACUUGGAGAAAGUGUCGGAUUGCUGUGGGUGUCUGAAAGAAAGGAGGAUAGUGGAGUGUGUGUUUCAUCUCUGUGAGGAGCUGGGACUGAAUCCUGCGGUCGGAUACCAUGCAAUCGAAAUUCUGGAGAGGUUUAUGGCCAAAUAUAUUGAACAUCUAAUCCGGAGCCAGAAAGGUCAAGGAGCAUCAUCUGAGGACACUGGAAAAAUUGAGGAGCUCAUCUUCCAAACGCUCAAGAAGAAGUCCUUUCUCUCCGUCCUCUCAAGCGUUCAGAUAGCCAGCAAACUGGACCUGUACUCCAAUGUGGUUAACAAUGACAUCGCCAUGAGAUUUCUGCAGGCAGUCGGUUACCCUUCCUCCAAAGAGCAGCUCUUGGACUCUGAGAUUCUCGUUUUAAAAACUCUCAACUUUGAUUUAAAUGUCCCAAAUCCAUUAACAUACGUGGAGACCCUUUUGGAAGUGCUGGGCCAUAAUGACGCAGCUGUCCCUGUUGCUCAACUACAUCACCUGUGUGUGCGUGUGCUGCAGUUCAUUUACCUGCAGAGGGAGACCAUCUACAACUCAUUGCUCAGAUCUGCCACUGGAUGCUCCAGUCCUUCACUUGAACAAAGAGCCAAGUUUGUGUGUGUGACCGAGGACUUCAUGCUUCUGGGAGUUGGAGUCAUUGCCGUGUCCGCCUUCAUUCAUCAUGUCUCAACAUGGGAAAAGGUAGUGGAGGAGCUGUCAGGAAUAACAGGGAUUUCAGGCCAGAGUAUCAUGGAGUUUGCGUAUGUCACCCUGACACACAUCACCAAGACCAAAUCCGUCUGAUAUGACAUGUGAAGGACCGAUUUCAGCUCGAGUACAGAUAUAAGACGUGUAAGGUGAUAACAUUGUAAAUAUAAGGUUCAUAAUUCUGUUGUAAAGAGUGCAAUGUAAAGAUAAAACAUGAAAAUGAAA